AGUAUCCCGGCGCGCCGAGCGGUCGUCGCCAGGACUCUGGUCCUCCACUAUCCCGGCGUGCUUCAGCUGCGAGUAAUCAUGGCGGCAUUUCGGGAGGAUGCAGGAGAAGAUAAAGAGAACCGGGUGGUGGAACUGGGUGCUACCCUGAGUUUGGAAAUCUUGCAGAUUAUCAAGGACUCUCAGCAACAGCAUGGUCUACGACAUGAAGACUACCAGAGAUAUAGGGGCUACUGUUCGCGCAGACUUCGCCGUCUCAGAAAGGCGCUUGGCUUUAAAAUGGGAAACCGUCACAAGUUCGUAGGCAAGAAGGUCACAGUGGAGAUUCUGUCAGACAGCAGGUAUUUGCUGCUGGUUCUAAUGGAUGCAGAAAGAGCUUGGAGCUAUGCCAUGCAGCUGAAACAAGAAGCAAACACUGAACCUCGCAAACGCUUUCAUUUGUUCUCUCGACUCAGGAAAGCUGUCAAACACGCAGAAGAGCUGGAACACCUGUGUGAUAGCAAUUGUGUUGAUGCCAAAACAAAAUUAGAAGCUCAGGCAUACACUGCCUAUCUUAAAGGCAUGUUGAGUUUUGAAUUGCAAGAAUGGAAAGGUGCUAUGGAGGCAUUACACAAAUGCAAAACAAUCUACGAGAAGCUUGCCAGUGCAUUCACAGAUGAACAGGCAGUGUUAUACCGUCAACGAGUGGAGGAAAUCUCGCCGAACAUCCGUUAUUGUGACUAUAACAUAGGUGACCAGACUGCAAUAAAGGAGCUGAUUCAGAUGCGCAUGAAAUCAGGAGAAAGUGGUGGACUAUUGGAUACUCUCCUAACGCAGACCAGAGCCAAGCAUGCCGCCUCUAUGAGCGAAGUGAAAUGGAGGGGCCGGGUCAUCCCAGUGAAAAUCGAUAAAGUGCGCAUCUUCCUUCUUGGACUAGCAGACAAUGAAGCAGCAAUUGCACAGACGACAACAGAUGAGGCCAAGGAGCGACUGUACGAGAGCUUGUUGAGUGAGUGCCGUGAUGCCAUUCAGGCAGUUCGUGAGGAGCUGAGGAUUGAUCCGACACAGAAGCAGCGGGAGCGAUCUCUAGAGCUUGACCCGGGGAAGGUGUCUGGCCUACAAUAUCUCCACAGCUACCUUGCAUACAUUAAGCUUUCCACGGCAAUAAAGCGCAAUGUUAUCAUGGCUGAAGCCUUGCAGAAGCAGCUGAAUGACCCAACACAAGAUGAUGGGAAACGUGUGUUGCGGCCACAAGACUUGAUUCGACUCUAUGACAUUAUCCUGCAGAAUCUUUCAGAACUGCCACAACUAUCAGGGCUGGAAGACGAUAAAGAUUUCCAAGCAGAAGUGGAGCUGAAGACUUCAGUUUACAAGGCAUACAGGUGUUUUUUCAUUGCUCAGUCCUAUGUGCUGGUAAAAAAGUGGAGUGAAGCCCUGGUUCUAUAUGAGCGAGUCCUUAAAUACACCAGUGAAGCACAGACCCAAACUGCAAAAUUGACAAUUAUUUUACAGGAUCUUCCUGACGUGAGAGAACUAGCUGCCCGAGUUAAUGCUGAGAAAUACUCUGUGCAAGCAGCUGCUAUUUUAGACAUUGAAGACGUUGGAGAGAUGGUAUCACAGCUUCAGGUGAAAGACGAGAAGCCCCUCAGAGAGUGUUUGGAUGUAUUCUGCAUCAAUCCCUCUCUGGUCACCAAACAUGCCAACUUAGUGUGCUUCCCACCAGAGUUCCAGCCCAUUCCCUGCAAGCCCCUCUUCUUUGACCUGGCUCUGAACCAUGCUGCAUUCCCACCUUUAGAGGAUAAAGUGGAGCAGAAAGGGCGAGGAGGCCUCACGGGCUACAUCAAAGGUUUCUUUGGCUUCCGUGGCUGAAGUUUGGAUUGAACACCUGUUGAAUGUCAUUUACUGCAUCUUUCAAAGCAGUUUUAAUGGUUCAAAAUGAAAACAGAAACAGAGAACACAAUAGACUGAACUGAACGCUGGUGCUAGCCUCAAGAUCCUGGAAUCAACCCUGUCUCAUUAUCUGCAGCGCUGAAUGGACCUCGUUCCUCAAACAUGUGUGUGUAUGAGUUAUAGGGUCAAUUACUGACAGACGAUCAUAAAAGUACAAAUGUACAGGCUCUUCAAACUGUUUUUUAAAAAUAUGGCUCAAUUGCUCAAAUACAGUUUAAAUUGCUGUUUUCAAUAAUGCUUCACCAAACCAGCAAAGUCCAAAAAAAUUAUCUUAUUCUUGCCUUUAUCUGUCAACCCAAUUAUGGGUGUUGGCCAGGACCAGUAGAAUUUCACAAAUGCUCUCAUAAAUUACAGCAGCCACCUGA